GGAGGUCCAGGGAACCCGAAGCCACCAUCUCCCCACAGCUGGUUCUCAGCUCUGCGAACACAAGACUCAAAAGGCACAAGCAGUCUCCCAGUGCCAGUGGCACAUGCCUCUGGCUUGGCCCAUUCCAGUGGCGGCUCUGGCAGCUCCAGCGAGUCCGAGAGCAGCUCUGAGUCCGACUCUGAUAGUGAGAGCAGCUCCAGUGACAGCGAGUGCAAUGAGGAGUCACGCAGUGCCACGCCAGAGCCUGAACCCCCCUCAACAAAUAAAUGGCAGCUGGAUAAAUGGCUAAAUAAAGUGAACCCCCCCAACAAGACCAUCAUCAACAAUCAAAAUGAGCCUCACAGUGAGAGCAGCUCCCAGGCCCAGAACAACCAGCAGCCUGAAGGGCCAAACAAAGGGAAGCUCAACAGCAGCCUGCCCCCGACUGAUUCCAAAGACCGGGCAAUCCUUAGUCCCAUCCGAGAGAAAGCCAAACCACGAGUUUCCCAGAAAACUCCAGAGGCAAAAAGUUCCAAGCAGAAAUCACCAGCUCAUAAUGAGCCAACUUCACAAAGGACUACCGGGAAAAAGCAACCCAAAAAGGUAGAAAGGACUUCCAGUGUAGAAGAGUAUAACUGGCCCAAACCAAAUAAUACCAGCAACACUCCCAAAGAAAAAGACACACAGGAACCCCCCGAGCAGCCAAAGGUUCGAACUAAAGCAGCAGUUGGGAAGACAGCUCCAAGGAAAGAACCACGAACGAGCACAGGUCUCACUUCAGAGAAGAAAAAGUACAGAGGCCCCAGCAAAAUUGUCCCGAAGUCGCGGGAGUUCAUUGAAACUGAUUCAUCUACUUCUGACUCAAACACAGACCAGGAGGAGAACUUGCAAGUGAAGGUGCUGCCAGCCUGCACUGGGUCUGGCAGUGGUGUCAAAGUGAAGGAUUCUGGCAGUAACAUCCUCAGCGUAAGUAGCUUAACCAGCAAUGGCAGUAACACAUCCAUUGACCAGACUAGCAAUGAUCUGGAGGAGCAGCUCUUUUCUCCUAUCCCAAUCAUACAAAAUGAACUUCUGUCCCCACUGAGAGAAUAUGAAGAACUCAAAUCUCUGUGGGUGAAAAUAGACCUUAGUUUACUCUCUAGGAUACCUGGACAGGAAACUUUUGAAACCACGUCUGUGAAAAGUGAACCGAGAGAGGCAAAUGUGAAACACAGGCGGCCAUCUCGAGAGUCCCCUACCCCAACAGCUGAAAAACCCUCCACAAAAUCCAAAAGGAAACACAAGAUGGAAAGCCUGGAUACCUUUGCUGAAAGCAAGAAGCAGCGCCUGGAGGAGCCUCCUGCUUCCUGUCUGCUCCCACCUUGUAUAUCUCCAAUACCAAACCACAGAAUAACCAGCACUAAAGAGAGCAACAAUAGCUCAGUGAAGAAGGUGACAAAGAAAAGAGAAGAGAAGCUGUUUCCUCCUCCUUUGUCCCCACUCUUGGAUGAUCCUGUGCACCGGCGGCACAGCAGUGACAACGGCUCCUUCAGCCAGGAGCCCACUGUCACAAACACCUCACAGACCAGCAGCUCUUCCUCCUCUGUUUCUAAACACAGAAAGAAUGAAAAUAAAUCUUCUUCUAACCCCAAAGGAAUCUGUGAGGAAGAAUCUCACAGUACACCCACAGCCAACACUCUUCUUGACACCAGUCAUCUAGAGUCAGACAUCUGGUCUGCAAUGCCAACGCUUUCCAAUGGGAAUUCUGAGUCCAGAAGACCCAAAAUAACAUUUGAUGAUGUGCUUCACAAUGCAGAUUAUUACAUGCAAGAGGCUAAGAAGCUGAAGCAUAAAGCAGAUGCACUGCUGGAGAAGUUUGGUAAAGCAGUGAAUUAUGCUGAUGCUGCCCUCUCCUUCAUCGAAUGUGGAAAUGCUAUGGAGCGAGAUCCAUUAGAAGCUAAAUCUCCAUACACCAUGUACUCAGAGACUGUGGAACUCAUCAGGUAUGCAAUGAGACUCAAGAAUUUCACAGGCUCUUCUGCCACAGAAGGGGACAAGAAAUUAGCAGUUUUAUGCUACCGAUGCUUAUCACUUCUCUACUUGAGAAUGUUUAAACUAAAGAAGGACCAUGCUAUGAAGUACUCCAGAUCUCUGAUGGAAUAUUUUAAGAACUCUUCAAAAGCCUCUCAGGCCCCCUCACCUUGGGGCGGCAAUGGAAAGAGUACAGAAACGCCCUCACCCAUGUCCCUGAGCCCAUCCCCCGUCAGCUCUGCUGGAAGCAGCACAGGGACCACCUGCUCGUCCUCGGCCGGGACCAUCACCAUCCCCCAGCGCAUCCACCACAUGGCUGCCAGCCAUGUCAACAUCACCAACAACGUCCUGCGCAGCUAUGAGCACUGGGACAUGGCUGACAAGCUGACCAAGGAGAACAAAGAGUUCUUUGUAGACCUGGACUCAGUGAUGGGACCCUUAACACAACACAGCAGUAUGACCAAUCUGGUUCGUUACGUUCGCCAGGGACUCCACUGGCUCCGCAUUGAGGCUCAUUUAUUGUAGUGACUGAUGCCCUAUUCAUGACAUCCCCAUUCUUCUACCUCUACCAGCGCAGAGACGAUCACUGGUGGAACUCCACUCAUUUUUGAAAGUUUAUUCACGUAACUUCAUUUUUAUUGCCUUUUUUAAUAUCCUAUCUAUUGGAAGUAGAAGUCACCAUAAAUGAAACUUAUGACUCAAGAGCCGUAUGUGUUGUAUCAUCUAAUCAUUUUUGACAAUUUUCUAUGCCUUGUGUCUCCUGGAUCCUGCCAUCCUUAUGUGCUUUAUGGAACGGUACAUUCCCUGCAGUAUUGUUUUAAGUCCAUGCUGCCUUCAAGUGAACACAAAAAAAGCACUUUGAGAAGAUUGAGUUCCUGAGAAAUAGUACAAAGCAUCUUAAAUAUUUAAGGGUAUAUAUGAGAAGUCCCUUCUGAAAUAAAUUAGUUGAAAUUAUAGCUAUUCAUUCAAAAUAAUCUUCUGAACCUGAACUGGGCUUUUUGACACUUAAUUCUGGCAUCAUUACUUGACUCAGUACAUUCCUAAGAUUUUAUACUUCCUAUACGUUUAAUCUCUAAAAAAGAACAUUGAAUAUUUUACAGGUACAGAAUGUAAGAUCACCAAAGGUUUUAAGAGGUAAAAGGUUGAAGGAAAGCCUCAUUAAAGAACGAUGACACACUAUGCAAUGAGGUUUUGAUAUUCCAUUCCUCCGGUUUAUUGUUUGCUUAAGAAUUUCAGUAGGCAGCAGAAUUUAUUGCAGUUUUUAAGCAGUUUCAAAAUAUUAGCUUUGUAGUCUUAUCUACCAUUCCUAUACUAAAUCUGUGAGUUUUCUUUAUUUUUAGUCUCAAACAAAUACUUAUCCAAGAUUUUUCUUCAUAGAACAAUCUCUCCUUGCAUAGUGACUCACUGAAAGAUUUUAACAGGACUGCUGCACUCUAAGCAUUGAUAUUGUAUGUAGAAGUCCAUUAAUAAGUGUAUGCAGAUUCUUUAUGAACUGUCUAGAAGUUUAACUAACCAGCUACUGUUGAAACAUUAUAAUUCCAUGUAGCAUCAAUUUUCACCUGUUUUGUUCAUUUCAGAGCAUUAGAAACUAACAGUAUUAUCUUGCUAUCUUCAAAACAAUGUCAAAUUAAAUAAAAUCACCAGAUUUACCCAAAAGCAAUAUAACAUUUGUUUAAUAAUGGCCAUGAAUACUUCAGUCAGAUUACCUUUAUUCCAAGCUCUGCAUCUGUUUACCCAUGCUGUCAUAUUUUGGACCAUUCCUCUAAUGCGUGAAUACUAAUGAGACAAUUCAGAUAGAAUUUCAAAGCAAUUGUGAAUAAAUUGCACCAUUUCACAUUUGCUCUUUCCUCUUAUUUUUUUCCCCUGUUAUAAUCUGCACUGCUCUUCUGGUGCCACUGCAAGAGGCACUGGUUCAUGAAACAAAGCAAAAUGGAUUUAUAUCAAUAAUUCACAAGUUUUUAAAUGGUCUCAUCUCAUUCUUGAUAUAAUGACUGCAUACCUUACUGAACUGUAAAUUCCAUUUCUAUAAACAUGCUCAUAGCAAUGUAAAUAUUAUUCUGACUCAUCUCAUUGAAAUAAUACAAUAUGUGUAUUAAAUGCCAUCCAGAUAUUAGUUAAUUGCAAUUACUUUCUGCUAUAUAAAACUGUAUAUUCUUUAAUCCAGUGAGUUAUUGGAUUCUACUCACUGGGUUGUGACCAGAUAAAUAGGACAAAUUUGCAUUUAAAAGGUUCAGACUGUUAAGGUUUUCAGAGCAGGCCUUGAAUAUUUGCAAUAAGAGCAGUUUAAGGACUCUACCAAGUGCACAUUUAAGACAAACAUUUCUUUAGCUGUUGGAUAUUAGCUUCCUAUAGUACUACCUUUUCUUACAAAUCAAUAAUUCCUAACAUUUUUUUCCGCAAGACUGUAUUGUAAACACUGCCAACAUGAAUCAUUAGAGAAAUUAUCUAAUGAUAAUAGGGUUUUCUGCAAAGGAUAUUUGCAGAACAUGCACAUCCUGUAUUAUCUGCACAUUCCUGUUCCUGAAGUGGUUGAUUCACCCUUAUCUGUUCUCUGAGGGUUUCAGUAACACAGCUGAAACCUGAAUCUGACGCAUUGGUCACACCGACUCUGGCCCCAGUAGCUAAUGAAUAAAACCACGGCAGUCUGAGCUAUUCAGGAAUGCAGAUGAAUGGUGGUGGUCGGGGGUUUUUUAAAGUAAAAGAAAAGUAAACAUUUGAAAUAUUUUUUUUAACAGGUUGGGUACUUGAGAUGAAGGUUGAGCUGAUUUUGUCAUAAGCCAGAGUUUUCCGUUCUUUUUGCAAGUAACUAUUCAGUCUAAUUAAUUGUAUUGUCAUCACUUGCUCCUUUAAUGUAGAUUGAAAUCCAAGACUUCCAUGCAUUUACAAAGGAUAGCAAUGUCUUGAAGACAGUCUUCAGACACAGGGGUCUUCAGAGUUUGCUGCAGUCAUUCAGUGAUCACCAUAUAUUAUCUUUCCCUUGUUGCUUGUGGUAAACAGGCUCCUAUCUCUAAAUUUACCCCAUGUUCAACAAUCUUUUGCUUAAACAGCUUAAGGAAUUAGUCGUCCUGAUUUAGUAUCCUGUGAGUUAGGUUGAAAUGUGUGCUGAAUCAAUGGCAUGAUGAUAAUAAGUCCAGCAGUCAAGUCUAGGAUCACAACCCAACUUACUAUUUAGCAGUCUUGUUUCAAAAGCAGCUUAAAAACAAAUUAAAUAUGAAGAGAAAAUUAUUGUCUUAUCCCCAGGGAUGAUGCUUCUUUUGGGUUAGUUAUUAAGGAUUAUUGCACUUUUACAGGCACUGUAUUCAUCUCAUUUCAAUUGCCAACAUGUCAUCUUCGUGGAAUCAUUUUACCCCUUAAAAUAUUACUUCCAGCAGAGCUAAUCAAAUGAGAUUGUUUUUUAUUUCAAACCAUGGGGAAGCAGUAUGUCUGUGCUUGGGCAUUUGCAAUGUCUGCACUUAAAACUGCCCAAUUCAGGCUUUCAAAAUCAUGAACCAAGCACCAAAAAUUACAAGAUUGGCUUAAAUUUGUGGUUUAGUUUUGUUGGAUUUUUUUAAUAAACUCUUUGAUUCUUGUAUUGCCAAAUACAGGAUGGUGAGCUUUGGGACUGAUUUCAUGACACAUUUUCAGGCAUUUUACAAGCAUGCCAAGGGCUGGAACUGACAUGUUUGUUUUUAAAUAGUGAUAAACUGGAAGAGUGAUGCAAUCUCUUGACUUCUGUAGCUGGAUUUAAAAAAGACACCAAGCUUCGUAAAACAUUGCCAGAACUGACAAGACUGUAAUUUGUGACCCAUGGCUGAGAAGGUUUGGAGCAGUAUAAAGAGUUCAGCAGUGAAGGGAGCAGGCCUGUAAAGGGCUAAACUUAGGCAUUUGAGGUGUAAGACCCAAGGGCAGAAAAGUCUUAAAUGCUCAAGAGAGGCAUUUACGAAUCACUUAGCCUCCACUUCAGGUUUUAAGUAUUUGACAAGGUGCAGGCAGAAUAUCCAGCUCCCAUUGCAGGGAACAUCUCCAGCUAUGUGAUUUGUGUUUGGGUAUUCUAGAGCAGGGAGCAGAGGGAAAGCCUUUUUGUGAUAGUGUUGGUGGCAACUUUCACAGCUUGCAUCUUAUAGCUUAAUUUCUCUUUUUCUUACAUGUUCUUUGUACUUUCAAUUGUUUAAAUAUUCUCUCUGUGGUUGCUUCAUUUAUAAAUUAUCUCCUUUGAAAGGUAGACACAGAUCUGUUCCUAGUUAUGCAGGACAUUUUCAAAAAUAGGAUCUAAGAUCUUUCUUCUUAAAGAAACAAAAUAAGCCAAUUGAAUCUGGAAUUUAAUUUCCAUGCUUUUUUUUAAAUUUCACGGAUUUUAUUAUGUUAUUCUAUUAUGACAAUUUAGAUUCACUAAUGUUUUUAGAUUCUUUGGAAAAAACUGUUUCAGUGAGUUUUUAUCAGCCUUUAAUGCUGUGUAAAUCCAGUUAUUAGUCUUGUAAGUGUAAAUUAACAGAUAACAAAAAUGGAGUUGGUAAGGAUGCUGACUUGAGUAAUAACGUACUUCAUUGCUUGGAGUUCAGGAGAAAUUCCAUGCAGCAUUGAAGCAAGUCCAUGAGUAUAAGUGUGUGUACACAUCUGAGUAGAUUUAUGUGUGGAUUUGCAGCAGAAAGUCCUUGUUCAUUACUUCAUAGCACAGGAGGAAAGAUAUGGUAGCUGUAAACAGAAAACAUUCCUACCACUGCUGGUGGCAGUGGCAUUAUUCAGGUGUUCCUCUGUAGCUUGUGCAUAGUCCUGUUUGCAUCUACUGCCUCUUGCAAACAAUGAAGCAGUGGCAGAAAGUAGCAACAACUCUGUCAUUUUAGUUCUGUGGUCCCUGUAGUAAGAGCUGAAUGUGCUGUGUCAACGUACUGUUUUCCAGGUAAACUCAUUUGCCAUAGACCAGUGUCUUGAAGUUUUAAGAAAGACAAAAUAUUCAACAAGUCACCAAAGAAAAUUAAGUUGCUAUUCUGAAGCAAGUGUAGAAGUGUCCCAACUGCAGGCAGGCUUCAGACCAAGGGGUCUUAGCAAAGGGCCUUUCCCCUCUCAGUAUCUUCCUGACCUGACCUGAAUGCACUGGGAGUGAGGCAAAGGGGAUGAAGAUGGGAAACUAAUCUACUGUCCUUAUGAUAUCUUCCAGCUUUACUUUACAUGCUACUUUAUAAAUACAAAUAAAACAAGUCAAUGUUGGGAGAGCUCAGUUCCUCAGUUUCCAAAAAUCCUCCUGAACUUCCAUGACAUAACCAGAGCAGAUCAAUGCAUAAAGACAUUCUCUGUUGUCUAAUGAGGUAUGUCUAUAUAGGGGCAUAUUUUAGUUAUAUCACUUGAUAUUUAGCCUAAAUGUAUAGGCUAAAAGCUAUUAAGGUCUCCUCCAUUACUGAAACCUCUGCCACUGAAUGCAAAAUGUUCCUGCCUGACUUAGAGAGUAGUCAUCUUCUCCCCAGUAUCCUUGUCAGAUCUGCCUUUCUGAUGGACUCGGUAGCUUUCCUUAAGCCAUUUUGUUUCAGAGAUAUUUAGUCUUCCAAGAUCAUCUGAUCAUCUCACACCAGUUUAAACCUCUUGUGGUGGCUGCUGAAGUCAGGAUAGAUUGCAUUCAGAUCUUGUGUUCAACUCGGGAGAGGACAUGACUCUAUAGAGAGAGAUGAGAGCAGAUGAGUUACUACAUAAAACUGGUGUCAGGUGAGAAUCAAACCUGGCCUCAUCAGGAGGCACUGCAGCAGAAAUACUGUGAUGAAAAGCUGUUCCCAGAACCACAGGGUGUGUAGUGACAUUUCAGGCAGCUCACUGGCACUGUAAUCAUAUUAGGCAAUGGUAAAGAUGUCAAGAGUGGUUUAAAGAAAGUGGAGGAAGCUGCUGUGGUCCGACAUCGUGAAUUUAAGCUGAGUGUGCUUCUUGGGAAAGGGGACUUAUUACUGUUGAUGUGUCCUGCAAAAUAAUACCUAUACCAUGGUAUCCUGUGAAAUUAGAAUACAGCAGCACCACAUCCAGUUCUUCAGUCCAGCUCAGAGUGCCACCUCAUGUCACAGAGAGGUAUUUCUUGUCACUACCUUGAAGUCACCAUCCAGUUAAACCAUUAUUUUUACUUUAUUUGUACAACAGAAGCAAGAACCAAGCCCAAAGGCCCAGCAGCCACCUUAGGCAGCAUUGUGUCACCUGAUGUUGCCUCCCACAGGCUGUGGAGCCACACAGAGUUCCUGAGCCCUCAGCCUGCUCUGGGUGUUGGACUGCUACAGGUCUGUGUGGUGUGAAUCCCCACAUAGUCCUGUCCACUGUACUGGGGGUCCAGUCCAGCCCAAGAGGACUGAGAAACCCCAGCCCCACUGCCUGGGUGAGCAGAGCUGUGGCUCCGCAUUGCUUUCAGGUCUUGGUCCUCUGCAGCUGCAGAUGGACUGGGAUUUGAGCACUCACUUGUACUUGCACUGAAUCUGGAAAUGCCAAUGAAGCUGACAGAAGCUGUGCACACAUGACAGCAUAGAACUCAGUCAGUACCCACUGUACACAGAAUUGGAAUUUAAAUUGUGGUGUCCACAGAACCACUCAUGCUUACAGGACUCCAACUGAGUCCUACUGAUGCCAGUCUAAAAGGUCAUGUGAGUGGACAAUGCAGCUGUUUGAGACUUGUUUUCUUCUUUGAUUUUAACUGAGUUUCUCUAUCUAGCAAGUUCCAUAAGCUCUCUGUGCUAGAUAUAAGUUUACUCACAACUGUGUGAGUACGUUGUAAUACCAUUGAAAGGCCCUUCAAGUAUAGAUAGCCCUAGUUUCCACUCAUCUCACUUAUUUUCUUCUCAGAAUUCAAAGGAAGUUCAGAUUCUGAGGUGAAUUUAAUUGUUUUAUUGAACAAAAGCAACUACAAUGGACCAAAAUUUGAGCUAAGCAAAUGUAAAGUAACAGUAAAAAAAGUAAAAAUAACUUGGCUCAACUGGUGGAAUUCAUGGCACCAAAUUCUGCUGUCAUGUGGCAUUAGUGCAAGUCUUGCAGAGCUUACUGAGUACUUUUUAUCAGAGGAGAAGCUAGAUAAACAAAAAUGGCAUACCCUUACUGGAGUUAUGUGUAUUAGGCACAGUUGCAUUAAACCAAUUAAUUGAAUGGAAUUCCAUCCACUGGAAUGGCUGGCACUCAUCUCACUGAAAGUAGUUCAAGGUCUCUGGACUAGAGCUGAAUAACUGCAAAAAGAUUCGCUCUUCAACCAGACCAUGUGUUGACUCAGCCCUUGCUCAGGGAAACCACCACUGAUUUCAGUGACAAGUAACAAUGUUAUGGACACAGAGAAACACCGGCAAGAGACAUUUACCCUUGAAUUUAUGAAAGAGCUGAAUAGUAGAUAGCAACAUAAAUGUUUCAUUUAUAACAGAGGUAGAGUACAAGUUCCUCAGCUGGUGUAAACCAGUAUAGGAGUACUGAUUUCAGUGGAGUUAAUCCAAUAUGCACACACCAAGGAGCAAACCCUCUAACCCCAGACUAAUUUUUGCCAGUGUAUCUCUAUGCAGAUAAACUCCCAAAGCUUUUAUCAUCAUGCCUUUUUACUGAUCAUGCCAUUGAAAUGAUUAAUGUACCAUAAUCCUUGCCUAUGAGGAAAUAUUGUACUUUGCAAAGCUAUGCAGUGUACAGCACAUCAUAAAACAGCUUUAGACCACACAGUCUGUAGGGAGACGCAUUAUCAGAAAUGCGAUGAACAAAGCAUCUUUUGAUCUGAUGUUGAUUACACCUCAUUCUGCACUUCCACAGCUGAGUUUUUCAUACAAACCAAGUUAUGGCUGCAUGUUUCUGAUGACUGAGGGCCAAAGCAUCAGCUGAUGUGCCUCUAAGUAGCUCUGUGGAUGUCAGUGCUGAUUUACACUGGGUGAAAAACCAGUCCUCUUCCUUUUCAUACUGUGCUGCAUGCCCUAAUGCAGCUUUAUAAAUGCACACUGAGCCUGAGCGAAUAUUGAACUAUUCUGAUUCAGCACCAGAUAAUCCCUGCUAAAAAAAAUUGGAGGGUAAUUUCUGCCUGCCAACUAGAUUUGCAUAUGUUUUAGUUUUAACUAAAGGCAUGGUGCAAUUUCAUUACCUCCCAGUUUAAGUAUUUACUGGCAUCAGCAUUAGCUCACACAGAAAGAUGGUAAAUAAAUUCAAACAUGUCAUAUAUGCUCUCAGUCUAGAGAUGGAAUCUGUUACCUUAGUUCAAAGACAUUGCAGCAUGCUAAAGUGGUUUUUCUAAGCCAAAUGGGUUCUGUACAUUCAGAAGUCUCAGCAAAUAUUUAUCUAGGCCCGAUUCUGCUGUUCUUCCCCUGAGCAUCCUGGUCAGCACAUUGCUCCACUGAGGUCCACAGAAGUAACUGUGUGAACUGGUGCUCAGCACACAGAUUGCAGAAGCAGGCACUGAAUAUAUUAGGUUGCAGUCAGAGGUUUAAUUUUAGCCAUAUGUAUCAUUUGAGGACACUGAAAAAUGAUGUACAUCUCAUCCAAGCUGACAGUCCUUGUAUUUCCAUAAAAUAUUGUAUAAUUUAUUCCUGUCUGUAUUUUUGACAUCUCUGGAUUGCAUGUCUUCUACUGAAUCUUAAAUGCUGUUUCUUUUUAAACCCACAUUCAAAAGGUUUAGGAUAUAACAUCACAGAAUAUGAAAACAAGUCAAAGAUUUGGUGAUGUUUUGCUUUGGUUUUGAGCUCUCCUUUUUGAGUUUCUGUUUUGGCUUGGAUGUGGUACUCCCAGAAGUUUUGGAAUGGUUCAACUCAAUUAAAGUUCCUUCCUGUCAUUUGGGAAAAAGGAAAAAUAAUAACAAAAUAGAACUAAGGUUCAGGAAAAGUAAUCCUGGCAAACUUGGUGGGUGUUUGCUCUUCCUAGCUGUCCUGAUUUUUUUAACCCUGCCAUGUUGGGUUCUCUGUCUGUGGGUUCUCUCACCCACCAUUUCUGGCUGUGGCAAAUACUAUUUUUUUUUAUUUUUUUUUCUUUUGUGUGUGUGUGUGUGUGUGUGUGUGUGUGUGUACAUGUAUAAUUAACCAAAAUAUCAGGAAAAUUUAUAUGUGCUUUCCUCUGGUUCCUGGAAAUAGAGCAACAUUAUGACCUUAUGGUCUUCCAGCAAAAGUCAGAUUUAAUUUCUGCAUUGCAGUGCAACUUAAUUAGCUAUUGGAAUUAGAUUAUGGUUUAUUAAAUGGCUUUUUACCUUACAUUCAUGUUCUUACUUUUUAUUUACUAUUGAAGUAGUAUUUUUUCUUAUGUGUGCAAGUAUCAUAUCAAUAAUCAUUGCAAUUCCACAAGGUGUCUUUGUUCUGAACAAGCAUGUUAUUCUUGUAAAGUUUUAAGUAUAAGUUAAGAUGUUUUGUACAGACCAAGGUAACUGUUAAAAUGUCAAGCAAUUACUGAAAUGUUGUAUAGUUAUAAAAGUUUGAUUUCUUUUGCUUUAUAUGUAUAAAAUUGUAUCUUGCCUGUUUUGCUUUGUAUUUCCAAUGUGUUGCACAAUUAUGCAUCUUGUUUACAUUUGUUCCUUCUUCAGAAAAAAAAAAAUAACAGUAAUACUUUAUGUACAAACAUUUUAAAUGUACUUUUGUUGUUUUUAAACACAAUGUCUCUGUAUAAAUAAUAUUGUUUGAGCUGGUACAUUCAUGUCUCUCAUGGAGGGAUUAAUUAUACUGCCAGUGCAUUGAAUUAUUUAAA